AUGGAUUAAUAGCUUAAUUUAACAAAAGAUUAGUAGAAUUACUAUAACAAGAUUUAUAAAAAGAUGAUAGAAUAAUAAAGCAUUAUAACUUAGAGUAUCAUGAAUAGCUUGUUAUAUAAAAAAGGAGAUGUUUAGGAAAAAGAUAUUGCAAAAUAUAUCAUAGAGUAAUCUAUAAAAUUAAGCAAAUCAGAGAAUAGCAAUAUAAAUAAGAAUGGAUUCAUGUUAAUGAUGAAGUACUUAACCGUUUAUUAGAGUGGAAAGAAUGUAAAAAAUAUAGACAUUUUUACUAUUUAGACUACAAAUCUUCCAAAAUUUAGCAGUAGAAAAGCGAAAGAAAAGAAAGAAAGAGAGAUGGAAUCUUAAUUAAUGUUGAGCUAAUUAAAUUAUAGUCAGUUAGCAGAAGAGGAAAAGGAGGAGUCUAAAGAAAAUCCUAAUUAAAACAAUAAUAAUUAGCAAAGUAAUCAAAGAGCUAUGUAUCCUAGCUUAUAAAUGAGUAUCGUAGAUGCAAAUUAAAGAAAAUUUUCUUUUUCUGAUAAUAGUAAUAAUAAUGAAGACAGUAAUAUUUAAAAUUCAAGAAAUUUAGAGAAUCUAAAUAUUGCUUAGGAAUAACUUAUAAACACUGCUUAGUUUUAGCAGGAAAAAUAAAAUGAGUAAUUUGGGAAUUAAUCAUUUGGAAAUCAAAAUAGCGAAUUGAACGAAGAAGCGUAUAUGUCCUUAAAUUUUUCUAAUAUUUAAAAUAUAAGUAAAAUUUACCUUUCUCAAAUCAAUAACUUUACUUCUGACGGUAACAGCAAGGGGAAGAAACCUAAAAUUGAAAUAAGAGAUUUUAUAAUAAAAGAAGGAACUUAUAUGACAAAAAGCUAUAUUUUAUAUAACAUUCAUUAUGGACUAUAGUCUGAAAAAGUAGAGAGAAGGUUUAAAGAAUUUGAGGAAUUAAACAAUUAUUUGCUUUCUAAAAAGGAAUACAAAGGAUUAAUUAUACCUAAGCUUCCUCCAAAAUAAAUAAAUAUCAGCCAAUUAAUAGGUACAUAAAUACAAGAUAGCGAAUUUUAAAUUAAGCGCAUGGCAGACUUAGAGGAUUAUCUUAAUAAGAUAAAUAAUAGUAUUCAGCUUUCUGAAGAUCCUGUUUUUAUCUAAUUUGUUUCUAAUAAAAGUUCAUUCACUCAGAACAGCUAGAGUACAGUGCUUAACAAAAUGAGCUAAUGGUAUAACUCUAUCACUAGCCAAAGUCUUCAAGAAAAUUCUGAAUACUUAUAAGCCAUGAUCGUACAUAGAUUUAAUGAGUACUACAGAAAUGAUUAGUAAGAGCAUACUAAAACAGAAGAAAUAGAUUAAAUAAUGCAAUAGAUUAACAAAUAUUAAUUGUACGUUGAUAAUUUGCAAUAGAUCCUCUAUGAACAAUACUAACUGGAAAAAUAGAAGAGAGAAAAAAUAUAAUCACUAUCAACAAUACAUGACCAACCUUUUGAAUAAAUUUAAGAAUUAGAAAAUUAUCUGGUUUUAUAUUCUACAAAUUAUAAAGAUAAUGCUGAUAAAAAGAAGGAGGUUUGGAAGGAAUUUAGAAGUAUUUAUUCACAAAUUGAAAGCGCUAAGUAAUCUCACGAUAUGUUGCUUUAACAAAUCAAGCACUAAUAAUUUUUAAACUAGUUAAAAUCUAAAAAGGUAUAAAAUUAGUAACCAAGUAACUAAGAAUAAAAGCAAAGGAUUAAAGAAAUUGAUGAUGAAAUACUAGAAAGUGAAAAGGAAAUAGUACAUACAAAGAUACUAUUGAAAGAGGAGUUGAGUAAAUUUUUAGAAAACUUAAAGAAAAAGAUAAGAGAGUCUCUUGAAAUAUUCUAAUCAAAAACAAUAGAAGAAUUUGAUUUAAAGUGA